UCUUCGGGAGUCAGUGUUGGGCCAAAGGGUGUGUUUCCACACCCUGGGGAUUCCAUAAUGUCUCACUCUGGCCUGUCCUUCCCUCUCUCUCCCGGUCAGAUCGCCCUGGAGGCGGCCAAAGUCCUGGACAGCAAGUGCUGCUGGGAGAAGCUGGGGGAGUUGGCGCUGCUUCAGGGCAACCACCAGAUCGUGGAGAUGUGCUACCAGCGCACCAAGAACUUCGACAAGCUCUCCUUCCUGUACCUCAUCACUGGCAACCUGGAGAAACUCCGCAAGAUGAUGAAGAUCGCGGAGAUCCGGAAGGACAUGAGUGGUCACUACCAGAAUGCUCUGUAUCUGGGCGACGUUCUGGAGAGAGUCCGCAUCCUCAAGAACUGCGGGCAGAAAUCCCUGGCCUACCUGACUGCAGCGACUCAUGGCCUGGAUGAGGAGGCCGAGGCCUUGAAGGCGAGCUUCGACCCUGAGAAGGAGACGGUGCCAGAGAUUGACCCUGACGCCAAGCUUCUCCAGCCGCCGCCUCCCAUCAUGCCUCUGGACACCAACUGGCCGCUGCUCACUGUCUCCAAGGGUUACUUCGAGGGCAGCAUCGCACCCAAGG